AAUAAUGUCCCAGGAAUACGUGCUAUGCAGUGGCUGCGAUUUGAGAAAGAUCAUCCGCACACAUUGUUUUUUAAAAACACCGUAGGAAAUGACUGCGUUUGAAACUUAUAGCAUGAAAUCCAAUCGUCGGGGGAAGCCUCCAGUUUUAAACAAUCUACCUUGUGAAACUAAAAAGCCAUUAUUAAAACAUGCAAAGUAUUCAAAUCUUAUAGAACUACUUCAAUUUUUUCCACCCAUUCAUCAUGAUUUCUACCGAAAUUUGCCCCACCAAGAUCGAAAUGGACAACAAAAUACAGUUCAAGACACUCCUAAUGACGUUGAGGAAAAUCUCGAUGAACCAGAUACAAUUUUUGAUAGCGAUUAUGAUUAGUUUGACUUUAUUUAAUACCUACUCUUUGUAUUUUUUACUCCCACUAGCUUGAUUUUGUAUUUUUUCAACAAAAAUCGUUUAUAUUGGUAAUAGUUAUUAUAAUUUUUACUUACAAGAUUAGAGGUACAAGUUAAUUUGAAUUACUUCUUUGUAAGGCAAGGGGUACAAGUAUCAUUUUAAAACUUAAAAUAAUUUUUAAAAUGAUAGUUCUUUUAAAAUGACAAGUUGUCCAACUUAGAAAGAUCACGAAAUAACCAAAUACUUAAAAUAACAACCAGUCGAAUUUGAAAAAGAUGUUAAACUUCAAACCCGAUUUUCUUAAAACUAAAUAAAUUGCACUUAUACCCCUUGGCUUAUAGACGCCUCAU